AGAACACGCGAAAGAGGAAACAAAUGAAAAUGGCUUCCUUUGCUUGUAAUGUGUUACAACAAUUGCGGCGUUACUAGUAAUUAGUUGAAAGUAGGUGUUUCAAGUGCGUGGGGGAAUCAAAAAAAGUUAAAUAAAUGAGAAAAUUAGAUGCCAAAGAGCCCUGGGGGGCUGAAAGAUUAGAAGCUGAAUUGGAAGCUGCUCGUGAUGGUCUCAGAGGCUUAGAUCGGAAUAUUCGUAAAAUUCUAGGCCGAGAUGUUCCGGACGGUGAAAAUACAAUACAACCGCCAACUAGAAUUCAACAAAAACGACCACUACAGGAGGAUCGCAGACGCUCAGCACUGGACUUUUCUAAUACAAAUAAUGAAACACCAGGGGCUAAACGCCGUUGGCAAGCACCACCGGGAGAACCAAAAACUGUUUUUAGUCGCUUAAGUGCACGAGUGCCUUCAAAUGCAGAUGACAGUGCAGAUGAAGAUGAUACUGCUAUUAAGCCAGCAGUAUCUUCAAGAGUAAUAGCAACCCCACGAGAAGUGCCAUCUCGUCAGGAAGUAAUCAGACGUGAGCGGGUGGAUGAACGCAGCCGCCAAAGAAACAAACGUAUGUUUGGGGCACUUCUUGGUACUCUACAAAAAUUUCGUCAAGAGGAAACAAAGCUGAAAGCAAAAGAGGAUAAGAAAGCAGAAGUUGAAGCAAGAGUUGAAGAAGCUGGUAGAAGGGAAAAGGAGGAGUUAAGAAAAGAACGACAGCAACUCUUUCUGUCUCGAAAACGUCAGCUAGCUGAAGUACGAGCUCUGGAAGCAAAACUGGCACGUAGUAAGCAAUUCCAAGAAUGGCGUGCUGUGCAGUUACCGCUUGCUUCGUUCAUACGAACUCGUUCUCAGCCGUCUAUAUAUUAUUUACCAAAGCGUCCCCAUCCUCGAACAGAUAUUCUAUUAGCACAGUCUGCCAAGGAACUUCAUGAGGAAGUUGAGAGAAGAGAAAAAGCUCUGGUAGAAGAGCUUGAAUUGAUAGAAGUGCAAGUGGGCCUUGCAAAACAUCAGCAAAACGAUAAUAAUGUUGUUCAGAACACUCAAGAAGAAGUGCCACGGUCUGUAGAAGAGGGCGAAGAAAAUCGGGAUCCUAAUCCCGAGGUCAACAUAGUAGAAAAUCUAAAAAUUGAAGUGGCUCUGCCGCCCACAAUGCUUUUGACUCCUCCGACAGAGUCCCCAAAAAUUGAACCCGAGGAGUCGGUCCCUAUAACUACUGACUUGGCGAAGGAGGAAGAAGUGCAGGAGAAACAGGAAGAUCAUCAGGAACAGGAGGAUAAAGAUGAUCACGAAGAUCAGGUUCAAGAGGAUGAGAAUAAUGGCUAGCAUUAAUUGUUGAUAUUUUUUUCUCCUUCCUUGUGUAUAUAUUGACAUUGUACAUGGUGUCUCCGAACAAUGAUGGAAAAUCAAUUUGCAGUGGUUAUCUCAUAAGUAAAACUUAUUCCACUGUUUUUAUAUGGUAUUGCAUUGUGAAUUUCAUCCAUCUGUGAAUUUCACGUUCGAUUACAUACCAUAACGUAUCUCUGCGACUUUCACAUAUAAAACAGUCCUCAAUAUUGUUAUAAACAUUGAAAUACGUUUUCAUUAUUCAUACGAACAUUAUUUUAAAUACGUAAUCAAUCUUAGUAGUAUUGAUUGAUUGAUAAUUCUAUGAUUGGCUACCAAUCCUUUUGAAUAUUUGUCUUGUCUUUAUAAAGACUAUAGUUAUAAAGUUAUAGAAAACUAAUUCAGUCAUCGUGGUUUAUUAAUUAUGAAUUUCCAUAUUAGGAUAUAAUGUUCCCCAUUGAAAGAGUCAUUCAAGCUUAUGAGAAAACUAUAAAAAUUUCCAAUUUUCAUCGUUACGGGUCACCGUGUAUAAUAAAAAUCUUGAUAAUUUUACGAAUAUCUGUUAAUCGUAAGAGUUCCAAAUUCCUAUCGAAGUACUUAACUCACUGUACAAUCGACAUUCUAUCGAUAGUAUUGUAAGUUUGUACUGACGGCAAGUAAAACGUACAAAAAAAUGUUGCAAUUCUUCUUAUGAAAAUGACACGUUGUUUAAACCCAAACCAGUGGCUAUUCAUUUGAUUUCCACUGCGUUCGAAUGUAUCUAACCGAUUUUUAUACAGUGCAACCAAUAUAAUAUAGUAGCAUUAUGGUGAAUAUAAAUGGCAUCAAGAGGAAUAUUGCAAAUUUACAAGGUUUCGGAAGUAAGUACAGAAACCAUUCGGCGCAGUUUAUCACUUAUUUUUAUACCCUAUUUGUAACACUUCAUUCUAGCAAGUAUCACACCUAAAUGACCAAUUCGCAUAUCCAUAUUUAAAUAAAAACAAAUUAACUGAACUUAGGAACAGAUUUCACUCAUAAAAAAAUCCGUUUUCUUAUUUGUUCAAUGAAAGUGACUAUAUUUUUUUAAAUAUCUUGUGGACAUCUAUCAAUUCAAUGAAUUAUGACACACUCCAUACAACGUUAAUUCUAUGGCCUUAUUUACACCGUGCGUAUGAAGCUCUGUCUGUCUCAGCGUCUUAUGGGAAUGAACUGAGUAGGGAUAGUCAGUACACGUAGUGUAAACUAGACAUAUGUAUUCUAAAAGAUAUAGGAAUCUUAGUUAUUAUUAAAAUAAUUUUAAUAACAAAAUGAAAAACUUAAUAUUUAAAAGACAAAGCCUCCUAAUGUAAAGAAGGAUAAUUUUCAGAAACUAGAAAUAAAGAAAUGACAUAAGUUGAGAA